AGCUGUGUUAUGUCAGUUGCUGUUGGGACUUCGAAGAGGAAACAUCUCGGCGGAAGGUUGUGUUGAGGUCGAACGGUCAGGGACAGGAAAAAAAUCUAUUUGAACAUGGCUUUCACACAAUUCUAUCCCAUUCGCGCCGCUUCCGCUAUCAGGAGUGUUUGUUUCAAUAGCCGGGAGUAUUUUUCCACUAGAGCUGCGCUAAUGGCUAAAUUCAGGUCCGAAAAAGACACCUUCGGUGAACUCCAAGUACCAGUCGAGAAAUAUUAUGGCGCGCAAACUGUUCGCUCCACCAUGAAUUUCCCAAUUGGCGGUGAAUUCGAAAGGAUGCCUUACCCGGUUAUUACUGCAAUGGGUACUCUAAAGAAGGCUGCCGCUUUGGUAAACAAGGAUUACGGUUUAGAUCCGAAAGUUGCUGAUGCCAUUUCGAAAGCCGCCGAUGAGGUGAUCAACGGCAAAUUGUACGAUGAUCAUUUCCCAUUGGUAAUUUGGCAAACCGGUUCCGGUACUCAAUCGAACAUGAAUACCAAUGAGGUAAUCUCGAACCGCGCAAUUGAGAUCAUGGGAGGUGAAUUGGGAUCCAAGACCCCUGUCCAUCCCAAUGACCAUGUCAACAAAUCUCAAAGCAGUAACGACACUUUCCCAACUGCGAUGCACAUUGCCGUCGCACAAGAAAUCCAUCACACCCUCUUGCCAAGCAUGAAGAUGUUGAGGGACAGUUUGGACUGCAAAGCUCAGGAAUUUAAUAAAAUCAUCAAAAUUGGAAGAACUCACACUCAAGAUGCCGUCCCUCUAACUUUGGGCCAAGAAUUCAGCGGAUACGUGCAACAGAUGUCUUUCGGCAUUUGCAGGAUCGAAGACACCCUUCCAAGAUUGUACAUGCUGGCGCUGGGAGGAACCGCCGUUGGAACUGGACUGAAUACCAGGAAGGGAUUCGCCGAAAAGUGCGCUGCUAAAAUUUCUGAACUCACCGGAUUACCGUUUGUGACGGCUCCCAACAAAUUCGAAGCACUUGCCGCUCACGAUGCUUUGGUGGAAGUUUCUGGAGCACUCAACACCGUUGCUUGCUCAAUUAUGAAAAUUGCCAAUGACAUCAGGUUUUUGGCUUCCGGGCCAAGAUGCGGAUUAGGAGAAUUGUCUCUCCCUGAAAACGAACCCGGUAGCUCAAUCAUGCCUGGUAAAGUGAACCCAACUCAAUGUGAAGCCAUCACGAUGGUGGCUGCCCAAGUUAUGGGUAACCAUGUUGCUGUGUCUGUGGGUGGUUCAAACGGACACUUCGAACUUAACGUAUUCAAACCAAUGAUGGUUGCCAAUGUACUCAGAUCUAUCAGGUUGUUGGGCGAUAGCUGUAAAUGCUUCACAGUAAACUGCGUUGAUGGUAUUGUUGCUAACACCGAUAGGAUUGAGAAGAUCCUCCACGAAAGUCUUAUGUUGGUAACGGCUCUGAACCCACAUAUCGGCUACGAUAAAGCCGCGGCAAUCGCCAAGACCGCCCAUAAAGAAGGAACAACUCUUAAGGAGGCCGCACUUAAGUUAGGUCAUCUCACUGAACAACAAUUCAACGAUUGGGUGAAACCAGAAGACAUGUUGGGACCUAAGUAAAAUAGUAUUCGUUUCUGUUGACACAUUUUGAUUAAGUUAAAAAAAUGAAACAUUUGUAUAACAUACAAAUAUAAAACAAAGUUAAUUUUUCAAAGAA